AUGGAUCAGCUGCAGCCUUACAGCUCUGCGGCGCUUUCUCGGCCUUCCCAUUCAGAUAAAACCUCGAAACCAGCUGCGCCGCUGGAUCAGCCAUCAUUCACUUUUAUUGAUCACGACGAUGACUUGACAUCCAAGCGGAUCAAAGAUGUCAAUGCUCGCAAGGCCAUUCGCUCCCAUGUUAUGCGUGAUGUACGCCGUCGCGAGAGACUAGCUGGUUUGAAACGAACCUCUAAGCGCGACAGCAGGGGUCAGUCAGCCUCUGCGAAAGCGCAGUCAAAGAUAAAAGAAGAGCCCAAGGAGCAACGACUAGCUAUAAGAUCAGCAUCUCCAUCGUCUGCUUCCUCAUCGUUGGCCGACACCGAGCCUGACAACAAUUAUGUCUCUUCUAAGCCGCGACGAGUUCGGCCUGCAAGAUGGAGUGCUGGCUACCCAUUGUCGCCUCAAUUGAACCCUAAUCCGCGGUCAUUACCGAACUCUUGGUUCUUUGAUCCCUUUUGCUCACUACCGGGGACUAGUGAGCUACCUUCUAUGGUUGCACAUUUGAUUUACUACUGGAAAUCUGUAUUCGUACCGAUGACCUUUCCUAGUGAACUCAAUGGGCAGGAGUGUCGUGAGGUAGAAUUGAUGGUUCGAUCCUCGUUCUCCGACCCUGGAAGCUUCUUUGGUCUGAUGACCAUGUGUGCGGCACACCGGGCGGUUCUAUCGGUCGCUCGCUAUGAUGCAUCAAGCUCCGCUCGCGCAAACACCAUCGUCAAUGACCCUGAUUUCUGCACUAUGAAAGCAAAAUCCAUUCGAGAAAUGAACGCCAAGAUGCGAGAUCCUAAACGGGCACUAAGUGAUGAGGCAUUCGACACGAUUGUGAACUUGCUCACGGGCUCGUUAAUCGCUGGUUUAUUUGAUGAAGCCCGGAUCCACUUGACUGGUCUCAAACAUAUGGUAGAGCUGCGUGGCGGUAUCACAGAUGAGAGCAUCCGCUCUGCUUCGAUGUUGUCCGCAAUAAUCACUACUGAUGUGAAAGCCGCUUCUGGCCUACUGGUCAAACCAGUCUUCCCUCUCACUUGGGAUGCGCAUCCCGUCCCCCAGGAUAUCCAGCAGCGGAUCCAACCUCCAGAUUCCUCGCCCGCCCACCAACUGGGCUCUGGAUUCUUCUCCAGCAUGCUACUCAGCUCCCAACUCAUCCGCAUUCUACACGUGGUGCGGGAUAUUAUUUACUAUAGCAUCGCCGUGCAAACGAAACCCGAUGCACUCCAUCCAGCGGACAACCACUUCUUCCGAGUCCUGAACUGCGAAGCAGAGCACCAGCUACUGAGCUAUAUCUACCCUGAAAAUCAGGAAACCACAAACCCCUCUCAACUCACCAUAGACAUUCACCCCCUCGAAGCAGUCACCCGCGUGGCCGCAAUCGGCUUCCUGAACAACUUCCUAAUUGUCUCUCCCCCCUCAUCCGGCCUCGGCCGAGCCCUCACAAGCCACAUCGUCUCUGCCGUGCACAACUGCAAACUCUCCCUUCUUCUCACCAUGCCAAAGGAAAACUUUGGCUUAUUCGCUUGGGCCUUAUUUGUCGGGGCACAAGGAUCAGCCGGUGAGGCCGAUAGGCCCUGGUUCGUGGAGCGGCUAGCCCGCGUUGCAAUGAUCUGCGAAUGGCAAACCUGGGACCAAGUCUCCAGGAUCAUGUCUGAUCACUUUUACAUCCCCGCUCUCCAUCGCAUGGAAUGGAGAUCCGUUUGGGACGAGGCGAUGGCGGGAUUCGUGGUCUCGUCGGACGAAUCUUGA